AUGCAGGAACCUAGAGGUGAAGGCCAUCACCACCUCUCACAACCCCAACUAACAAUUAAAAUAUUGUGCUGGCUUCACCCAACAUGGACUAUGUGGUUUCUGAGUACGCCCAUUGUUUUAUCUCUAGUGGUGAACUUCAUAUUGCUUCUCAACAUACUCCGCAUUCUAUUGUCCAAAAUUAGAGCAUUUAAUUCUGCCGAACACAGUCAAAACAGGAGGGCAGUGAAAGCCACUUUAAUUCUAAUCCCACUGUUAGGACUGCAGAACAUGCUGACCUUGGUAAAACCCGAACUGGACAAGCCAGGACUUUUUGCCUGGGACAUGGCAUCUGCUGUCCUGGUUUCAUAUCAGGGAGCAGUAGUGGCACUGAUAUACUGUUUUUUCAAUGGUGAAGUUCUGGCAGUGUUGAAACGAAGGUGGAAUCAGUGUCACCAUACCUACGAUCCUGCAAUGGGGAGGCCUUCCUCAAUGAGCACAACAGCCAUUACAAUGGAUGAUACCAGCACAACCUGUACAAUACUGAAGAACGGUAGCAACCGGCUGGUGCGGCCUGUUACCAACAAUGUAAAGGAUACAACAGAACUGCAGCUGAUGAUGCCAGCAGGGAAAAGUGAUGCAGAAGUGACUUUCAAAUCAUAA